GAGAGGAGGGGGAGGCAAUCAGCUCAGCACCUCUCCUCCACCAGGAAGAGAAGCACAGCGGGACGGGCCCAGGAGAAGGCACUCAUACUCACACACACAGUCAAAGACGCACUGACGAGCGGCCAGGUCAACGUGUAGAGGUCAAAAGGGAGCUGGUGCGGGGACGGGGGUUGGGUGUACCCCCACUGGUCCGGCAGUGUCCACAAAAAGCGCGGGCCGGUCCUGGGAAGAAGUAGAAGGAGUCCGCCGGAGAAAGAGGGGUCGGCUCCCCAAGUCUUGUUUCUUUUGAGAGCCCUGCCACCUCUCCGACACCAUGGGGGAAUGGACCAUUUUGGAGAGGCUGCUGGAGGCGGCUGUCCAGCAGCACUCUACCAUGAUUGGAAGGUGGCCAGGAAAAGGAGACCAAAGGGAUGUCCGUGUUGCUCUGUUUCUGCUGGAUUUGAUCCUGCUGACAGUGGUGGUGAUUUUCCGUAUCCUGAUCGUAGGCAUAGUGGGGGAGAAGGUGUACGAAGAUGAGCAAAUCAUGUUCAUCUGUAACACCAUGCAGCCCGGCUGCAACCAGGCAUGUUACGACAAGGCCUUCCCCAUCUCGCACAUCCGCUACUGGGUCUUCCAGAUCAUCUUGGUGUGUACGCCCAGCUUGUGCUUCAUCACAUAUUCUGUCCACCAGUCUGCCAAAGCACGUGACCGAAGCUACUCUCUCCUCCAUCCUUACAUGGAUCACCACGGUCAUGGUGGUCACCACGGCCGCCAUCAUGACCAUCACACACGAAAGCUUCACUCUCGCAACAUCAACGGCAUUCUCUUGCACCCCGACAGCAGUAAAGAAGAUCACGACUGCCUGGAGGUCAAGGAGAUCCCCAACGGACCCCGGGGACUCCCGCAAACACACAAGAGUUCCAAAGUGCGACGACAGGAAGGCAUCUCCCGUUUCUACGUCAUCCAGGUGGUGUUCCGCAACGCGCUGGAGAUCGGCUUCUUGGCCGGCCAGUACUUCCUGUACGGCUUCAAUGUGCCAGGGAUGUUUGAGUGUGAUCGCUACCCGUGUGUGAAGGAGGUGGAGUGUUACGUGUCUCGUCCUACAGAAAAGACCGUGUUUCUGGUCUUUAUGUUUGCAGUAAGCGGUAUAUGUGUGCUGCUCAACCUGGCUGAGCUCAACCACCUUGGCUGGAGGAAGAUAAAGACGGCCAUGCGAGGGGUGCAGGCUCGAAGGAAGUCCAUCUGUGAAGUGCGCAAGAAGGAUGUUUCACACCUGUCCCAGACCCCAAACCUGGGCAGGACUCAGUCUAGUGAGUCAGCCUACGUCUGACAGAGGCUUCUCUGCCUGGGGGCUCGAGGACCUCUUACAUUUUGGAGAAGAGCUUUUCCCUGGCCCAGGACCCCCAAUCAUUAGGGCACAAAACUCACCACUGCAUAAUUAUUCAGGAGCACAGACAGACUCUGUGUAGUCAUGAUGAAGCAUCAAUUCACAAAGUAGAGUCUUUGACACUUCAGGAGGGAAGAUUCACUUUCCUAAAAGGCAACUGUCUUGCUGUAACAAAGCUUACACCUAAAGCUUACAUGAUGGAGAGUUCUGCUCUGCCUAGGUGACACUAGGUGCCUUCAAAGAACCCAACAGAUAGAACUGAGCAAUUACUAAUAAUAUUAAAAUACUGUAAAGAUAGUCUGAGGUUGAGUUAUCUGAAGUUCUUCAUUAUUUGCCUUUGCUGUAGGUCAGAAAUAAUCCCCUCAUUUUCCAAUUUUGUGUGCAUAUGCAAAAGCUUAAGCGUGUGCAUGCAUACGCAUGUGUGUGGGGGAAAAAAAGCCAAUGUCUGACUUAAGUCAGAACAUUUAAUGCUAAGCUAAUCUGAGCUACUGAGAGAAAGAUAAUGUUAUUUCGCAUUGUCCAUGAUCUUCAAGUAAAGUCACGCGGCGGACAAAAAAAGCACCUUUUUAAACAUGUUCUAGGAAACGUACACAAAAACAAACAGCACUAAAACUAUGAGCAGAAACUGGAACACAGUAUUUGUUUAUUAGUGUACCAGGCUUUUUUCUUAAAUAUUGUCACUCUUCUUAUUAUUCUUUCUUUGUUUCAUUGGGUGCCAAUCAGACGGCAGACUGACAUUGUUCAAAGUGAGACACAUGGUGCUUUGAAGAUGAGUUAGAAUUACUUUCCAACACUGUGUCACGCACUGCAAUGCUCCCAAUGCCUGCAAGGCAUGCUGUUUACUCUCAGAAAACCACUGAAAACAGUCAAGAAAAGCGUGCCAGUGUUUCCACUUUGGCUCCUAAAGUGUGAUCGCUGUCUGAGGGGCUGAAUGGAGUUAUAUAAAGAGUUUUUCAGUUAAACAGGAAGAAGUAUUGUAGUCACAAAUAUUUUAACGUGUAACCUCAAGCUUUUUUUCACAAGCAGAUUUGGUGCCAUAUUUCAAAGUUACUGUACAUAGAUGAAAUGUAAUAAUUACACUUAGCCUUCCCCUAUGCGCUGUAGAUGGGCUUCACUUGGAUGGGGGAACAGGGGUUUGGGUGGUCAUGAAGAAUAAUCAUAGAUUGCCAGCUUUAACAAUAUGUAUUAUUAAUAUGCCCUUUGUUAAGCCUUCGCCCUCUAAUGGAGACUAUAUGUUCCGAAAAGUGUCCCCCCCCCCGCCCUCCCCUCCCCCCCUUAUGGACUUUGAAAAAGGCAUGUUACUGAAGCAUUAAUAGAAUGGAUAGAUUAUGACAUUUAACUUAAAAAGAGAUUGUUUUAUUUAUUUGCAUCCUGCUCCUGUGAAAUGUUAUACUCAGCAUGCAUGAAGAUGAAAAAUAUAAAGAGAUAUGAACAAAGAAUCCCGUUGUGGAAAUAUUGAAAGUGAAAAACCUGAAAGGCUCCAGAACAGCAGCAAUAAUAAUAUAUAGUAUGUGAAAAAAAUUACGUGAAUAAAUUAUUAUGCAAACAGA